CUCACCGACUACCAUAAGACAUGUCAAUUGUUUCACAUGCUUAAUUGCUAGAAAUUAUCAUUUAAUUGUGAACUGAUACAAGAGCAAUAUGGUUUUUUUGAGCAGACUACUUUGCAAUGAAAUGACUGCUGGAGACAAACCUGUGACUUUGCCUGACUGAACAAGGAGACGUGCUUGGCAAGUACAGGUGUGUCUGAGAAAGAUAAGUUAGGUUAAAAGGUAAUGGAUACGUUUAACAAAGCCUGAUUCAGUUUAGCCAAGCCUAUAAAUACAGAGGACAUAACUGAAGGUUAUCUCACAUCGGCACUCUGCAGCUGGCACCUGAAAAAGUUUAAUCUAUUGGCGCUGUACCCACCUUCUUUUUGUCACCAUGGCUUUGUUCAGUGUGGUGCUGGAUCCUGUGGACUACAUGCAGACACUACAGGCCCUGGUAUCGGGGGUCUGCUCUUACCUGGAUGGCACAGCCAAACCGGCGGAUGCAGAGUUUGUGAAAAAGAACUUGGACCUGAUUGACCGGGAGCUGAGCACAGGGCAUGGCCUGCUGAAGGACACUGAGGUGCACAGCUGUGAGGACGACCUUGUGGUGGUGUACUACCAACUGGGGGCAGUAGUGAGGGCCAGCCAGGGGCACACCAAGAGAGAGACUGAGGUCUUUCUCAAAUAUGUGGAGGAUUAUCGUCUUGAGAGGCAACUUACAGCCAUGUACAGCCGGUUGAUGGGAGUCUCACUGCUAACAAACCAGCCAACAUUGUUAGAUGAAAUCGUCAGAGACUACAAGCCCAAACGAUGGGAACUACGAGAGUUCUGCGAGAAGGUGAACUUUGUCCUGGGGACUGGCUUGCUGUGUCUAUUCACUCAGGCCUCCCUGACAGGCAGAGACCAGGCCCUCCUUAUGAAAACUUGGUCUGAGAAGAUGGCAUCCCUCAGCAAGAAAAUGAAGAUGGCAGGCUGCCAGUGUUCAGACUAUUUUCGGGAGCAGGCUAAAGAAGAUGUGAAGAGAUUGAUGGAGGAGGGAAAGAAGACAGAGGCCAGAUGGGAGGAGCAGGCCUCAGCAAUUCUCAGAACCCUGGAGAAGAACUAUGACUGGCUGCGCUGGGCCGUGAUGGUGACACAGGAGAGAAGGAGGAGUGGGGAGGUUGUGGAGGAGGGGCAGACUGAGGGAGGUUGCUGCAAUGAAGGAGGUGUGGAGAAAGCAAAAUGUGGUAACUUAAUCUCAGUCAGUGACCCCUCUGGGCUGCAGGUGGUGGCUUGCUACAGCGGGGCCCCCUCCUCUCUAGAUAAGGGGCGUAUUCACCAGUUGAUCAUGGAUCUGGAGUGGAAGAUCCCCAAUCCGCCCCCAGAGGUGUACGCCACCAUCGAGGCUGAACCCCACUAUGCUCGUACCUACUUGGCCUCCAGGAUGCUGAACAAGUUGGAGGAAGGCCUUGACAAUGGUGUCUCUGUGCACGUGGUACCCGGAAAGAUGGAGAUGAAGUGCAACUUCCCCCAGGCGUCCUUCUUCCUCUAUGAAUACAAGCACCGCCUAGCCUCAGGUACUGUUUGCAUCUUUGGGUAGACCCUUAUAAAAGUUUACAUCAGUAUUUUUGCAGUUUUACCAUGCUUUUACUGUGUGUUAUACUGUGCAUUUACUGUAGUUUACCCUGGUUUGCCAUGUUUAUUAAUAUGCUUUACCAACAUUUUGCUAUUAUUUACAAUGCUUACAUUAUGCUUAAUUACACCUUGCUAUGCUUUUACUAUUGUAAAGGUGGAAGACUGGGUACUAGCUAAACUAUUCAACU